CGAGCACAACCCUCUCCUCACACUCUCAGGCGGAACUAACUGUGAGUGGCUCUCAGAUCCGGUGGGAACACUUAUUGUGGACACCGGAAUCCCGCUCUCGGCCGAGACAGCAGCCGAACAUGCCGAAGUUUUACUGUGACUACUGCGACACCUACCUUACACAUGAUUCGCCGUCGGUGAGGAAGACCCACUGCAGUGGCCGAAAACACAAAGAAAAUGUGAAAGAUUACUACCAGAAGUGGAUGGAGGAGCAGGCUCAGAGCCUGAUCGAUAAAACAACGGCUGCUUUUCAACAGGGGAAGAUUCCUCCCACACCGUUCCCUGGCGGCCCUCCCCCAGGCGGUCCUCCUCGCCCAGGCAUGCUACCAACACCGCCCAUGGGAGGUCCACCUAUGAUGCCCAUGAUGGGGCCUCCACCACACGGGAUGAUGCCUGGUGGACCUGGAGGCAUGAGGCCGCCAAUGGGAGGACCCAUGCAGAUGAUGCCAGGACCGCCACACAUGAUGCGUCACCCUCGACCCAUGAUGAUGCCAGUCAGGCCAGGAAUGAUGCGACCGGACAGAUAAGAGCGAGCGGAUUUUCUCCGUUCUUUGUUGCCAUGAACAGACUCUGUCUAGUGAGGACACUUGGGUUAACACUUGGAUUUAUCAAUUUUUUAAAAAUUCUUUAAUCUCUUCAACCAUGAGCCCCUGAUGUAAUUAUGUUUUUGUGUAAUUACAUUGUUUUCUGCCAGAUGUGAUAUUUAUUACUAUUCACCUCUUCAGAAUUCAUUUUAGACUUUUUUUUUUUUUUUUACGUCAUCUCUUGUGUUGGUGUCAAGAUUGAAAUAUCUAGUCUCACUUUGACAAACUGUUCAGCACGUGCAUUUGAAGAGAGCGUGUUUCAUUUGACAAUAUUUGUUACUAUAUUUCUGCUUUUGUUUUUAGUUUUUACACGUUUUGUUGUAUUUCAUUGCAUUGCUUUGAUAAAUAAAACCGUGAUUUCAAACCCGUUUA